UAUAUACUUAAGCCGUAAGCUUGCUCUUUCACUACCUGUCCUCUGCAAUGGGUAUCGAUCUUAAGGCUGGAGGUAAGAACAAAAAGACCAAACGAACAUCACCUAAAUCCAAUGAUAUCUACCUCAAGCUUCUCGUCAAGCUGUAUCGCUUCCUUGUUAGAAGGACCGACAGCAAUUUCAAUGCUGUGAUACUCAAACGCUUUUUCAUGAGCAAGGUCAACCGACCUCCACUUUCCUUGUCAAGAUUGAUUAAGUAUAUGCAGGGGAAGGAAGGUAAAAUUGGGGUUGUUGUUGGUGCUGUAACCGAUGAUAUCAGAGUAUACCACGUCCCAGCAAUUAAAGUUACUGCUCUCAGAUUUACAGAGACAGCAUGUCCAAGAAUAGAAAAGGCUGGUGGUGAAUGCUUAACAUUUGAUCAACUUGUUCUCAGGCCCCCCAUUGGACAGAACACGGAAUAAAACAACGGGGCCGAGCCGUGUAGGAAUAAAACAACGGGGCCGAGCCGUGUAGGAAUAAAACAACGGGGCCGAGCCGUGUAGGAAUCAAACAACGGGGCCGAGCCGUGCAGGAAUAAAACAACGUGGCCGAGCCGUGUAGGAAUAAAACAACGGGGCCGAGCUGUGUAGGAAUAAAACAACGGGGCUGACAAUAUGUCCGGGCCGUGAAGGAAUAAAGCAAUCGGACUGGGCUGUGAAGGAAUAAAAGCUGUGUAGGGAUAAAACAACGGGGCCGAAACAACCAACCUGAAGGAAUGACCAAUGGUUGGUCAUUCAGGGAAGCCGUGAAGGUCCAAGUUCGCUCCAAGCUUGAGCCAUGAAGGACCAAACCCGGGCCGUGAAAGACCAAUGGUCCCUCAUUUAGGGAGGGAAGUCGUGAAGGACCAAUGGUCCCUCAUUCAGGGAGGGAAGUCGUGAAGGACCAAUGGUUGGUCGGGAAGCCGUGAAGGACUGAGCCUUUGUCUUUCAGGGAAGCCGUGAAGGACGCCGUGAAGGACCGAGCCUUGGUCUUUCAGGGAAGCCGUGAAGGGCCGAGCCUUUGACAUAAAUUGGGAGCUUACUGCAACAUGGACUGGAGCAAAAGUGAAAGUACCUGUGAAAUUCAUCACAUGUGAUUUGGAUUUAGUUUACAAUUCGUUGGGUACUAAGCAAUAUAUUGAGAGUGGUGGUUUGAGCAUUGUCAAAAGCAUUACUUGGAAUAGUUCGGAUCAUACACUUUGAAUCUCCAAUGCAGAAAAUAUACAUCAACAUUCUUUUAAUUAUUGAUUGUUCCUUUGAGUAUCGAUGGACA